AUGUUCUGGCCCACCAAGAAGGACAUCAAGACCGCCUUGGAGGUCCUCGCUGUUUUCCAGUGGGCCCUGAGUGCCUUUGUCAUAAUAACCACGGUGAUCCUUGUCAACCUCUACUUGGUGGUGUUCACAUCGUACUGGCCGUUCACCGUGCUGACGCUCAUUUGGCUGGCGUUUGACUGGAAGACUCCGGAGCGAGGAGGCCGUCGUUUCGCCUGUGUGAGGAGGUGGCGUCUGUGGAAACACUACUGCAAUUACUUCCCAAUCAAGAUUCUGAAGACGCAUGAUAUUUCCCCCAGCCAUAACUACAUCCUUGCCUGUCAUCCUCAUGGGCUCAUGGCCCAUUCAUGCUUUGGUCACUUUGCCACUGACACAUCAGGCUUCUCCAAGGUCUUUCCUGGCAUCACCCCUUACAUACUCACACUAGGAGCCUUUUUCUGGGUGCCUUUCUUCAGAGACUAUGUGAUGUCUACAGGGGCCUGCUCUGUGAGCCACUCCUCCAUAGACUUUCUGCUUACCCAGAAGGGCACAGGCAACAUGCUUGUCGUGGUGGUUGGUGGCCUGGCUGAAUGCAAACACAGCACGCCAGGCUCUACCACCCUGGUCUUGAAGAAUCGGCAUGGCUUUGUGCGCAUGGCCCUUCGACACGGGGCGUCUCUAAUCCCUGCUUAUGCCUUCGGAGAGACGGACCUUUAUGACCAGCACAUUUUUACUCCCGGGGGCUAUAUCAAUCGCUUUCAGAACUGGUUCCAGAAGAUGGUACACAUCUACCCCUGUGCUUUCUAUGGGCGCGGCUUUACCAAGAACUCCUGGGGCCUUCUGCCAUAUUCUCAGCCAGUAACCACUGUUGUCGGCGAACCUCUACCUCUGCCCAAGAUUGAGAAUCCGAGCCGGGAGAUUGUGGUCAAAUACCACACACUCUAUAUUGAUGCUCUCCGCAAAUUGUUUGAUCAACAUAAGACCAAGUUUGGCAUCUCGGAGACCCAGGAGCUGGUGAUAGUUUGA